AACUUUCUACACUGUCAGUUAAUUUUGGUAUGUUUAUUUGAUGCAGAUAAUAUAUCAGAAUAUGAUGGGAGGUGGAAAUGGAGCGCUGUCAGUUCCACCAGGAUUCCGAUUCCAUCCAACAGAUGAGGAAUUACUGUAUUAUUACCUCAAGAAGAAGGUUUCAUACGAACCUAUCGACUUUGAUGUUAUUAGAGAAGUUGAUCUCAACAAACUCGAGCCAUGGGACCUCAAAGAGAAAUGUAGAAUCGGGUCGGGUCCCCAAAACGAAUGGUACUUCUUCAGCCACAAAGACAAAAAGUACCCCACGGGAACCCGAACGAACCGGGCAACGGCCGCUGGUUUCUGGAAAGCGACUGGGAGAGACAAGGCAAUCCACAUGAGCAACUCAAGGAGGAUCGGGAUGAGGAAAACCCUAGUUUUCUACACGGGCCGAGCCCCCCACGGCCACAAGACCGAUUGGAUCAUGCAUGAAUACCGCCUAGACGACGACAACGCUCCUCACCAUGACAUCCAAGAAGACGGAUGGGUGAUAUGUAGGGUUUUCAAAAAGAAAAAUCUGAGCCGAGGGUUCCAGGCGGAGGCGGAGCAAGACGAGCCGAUGGUACCUUUCCAAUAUCAUGCAGUGGGUGGUUGUACCUUGGAGCCCGCAUUCAACCAGCAUCUCCCGCAAUUACUGAGCCCCGAGCAAGCGGGCGUUUCGUCCUCAUUCAUGUCGUCGCUUCCACUGAUGGACUUAAACCUCCUCCGCCCAACACCGGGCGCAAGGCCUUCGUUCAUCCAACAUGAGAAGCUCACCGGAGACUGGUCGUUUCUGGAUAAGCUUCUCACAACUCAGCAGACCGUGGAUCACAUUAACAAGUUUGCCGAUCUGCGCUUUCCCUUUCCAUAUCACGGUCUCGAACACGAUUUCUCCAAAUUUUCCAAGUAGAAUUGUUUUGUUUCUUCUCAAAAUGCACUAUUUUAUCUUUGGACCUCAUCAUGGAAAUUAUAUAUACUGCUCUAUGCUCAUGCCAA